CUCUCUCUCGAAAACGCGUUCAUGGGCUAUUUGGAUGGGGGAUUAGCCCCGGAUAUAGCACGCGGCCAGAUUGCAAAUCCCUCCCUUCCUCUUCUCCUGUUUUUGCCCGUUCGUUUCCUAUUCCUCGUGCCUUUUGCUCACUUUUCUUCAUCCCACAAACCAGAUCGAGAAGAAGAGAGAGAAGAGAGGAGGAGGUUGCCGAUUCAAACUCUGGUGACUCCCCCGCCGUAUGUCGACGGUUCCCGCUCUAUACCUCGUCUUCCUCCUUUUUCCUCAAGAACUCAUGGCUGCCCCUCCACCCGAUCUGUCUUCUGCUUGUUACGGCCCUUUUGUUGCGUGCCUUCCCCCAUUGUUGAUCAAGGGUUGGAAGAUGUUUGUGCAUUUGCUUCAACCAGUCAAUAUUUGAGAUUCAUCGUUAGUCGUCAAUUUGGUCUCAACCUAGCCGAGUUGGACGGGUGGUUACCGCAUCGGGGUUGAUGGAACAAAUGCUUGUUGUGCCGGGCAACACGUACGAUCUCAGCCACAACGUCGAUACUGGAGAUUGUCCUACCAGCCCAAUCACGAUCCUCCAAUUCCUCCGCGACCACCUUGGGGUCGUCCCCAGUCCUGUAACGACCUUUAAUAUUCCCCCUAUUCAUACCCUACGGAGCGUUCAAAAUGUUCAGAACAUUGAUGGCGGGGUUCACGGAGAUGAGGAGGCUGAGGUGGAAGUUUUUAAACCUCUGGACGCAAUUUGGAUACAAGUUACACAGGGUAUCGAUAUGUUCGGAUCAAUUUUGGGAGAGCUUGAGGCUGUCGAUGAGCAGUUAAAACAUCAUACAAA